UAUGUGUAUUCGUGCCACAGAUCGGGAGAGAUCAUGUCAUGGUAUUUAAUUUUAAUUUGACAUAAUAAAUUAUGACAAACAAUUGGGCUCGAGCAAAAAAUGUGAAGUGAUAUUUUUCGAACAAUUGUGAUUGGGGCCAUUAUGGCAUCGACGAUGUUGCACGUACGCUCACGUUUCGCGAUUUCCAACAAUUUUCCGGAAUAUUGGUUCCUCUUAUGAGAUUAUUUGACGGAAACGUGAGAUCUUCGUGCAUAAAUGCAUUUAAUCGAAUGUGUUCUAAAUGCUUCAUAAAAGACGUAAUGAUUUUUUUUAUACUCGCCCAGUGGCCUGUCAUUAAUAUUUAAAUCCCCGUUAUCUCAGAAUGGUUCUGAAUCGUAACGACAAGAGAAAGAAGAAAGAAGGAGAUCUGGUGGAUCUUAUGGAACCACUUUCAGGAUCUCCAAAGAGGACCAAAGUUCACGCACAAAGAAAGUUUGCACAAGGUGCAAAUACAGUGUUCAAUACAUCACCUACACCUGUCAAGGACAAGGAGAAAACUAAACCUGCCACGAUUACAGAAUUAAUAACGCAUAAACGCCCAAAUACUGAGGACUUUCUAACGUUUUUAUGCUUUAGAGGAACAUCCAUUUUACCAGCUAGUUUAAAUUUCUUUAAUGCUGGUAACAAAAAAGAGAAACAAAGGCCUACAUCAGCUCGUACUUCUACAGAUAAAGUAUCAUCCUGUACCAGUACUUCUACAGAAGUCCAGAAACAAGACACAGGCCAGAAAAAUGUGACAAAAGUUAAACCUGUUGUCCCAGACAAAAAAAAAGUGCCUACUACGAUACAUAAAAGCAUUACCAAACUUAAAACAGCAACAUCUACAGUUCAAGCGCUUAAAAAGAAAUAUCAAGAGCAGCGCCUUGCUAAACAAAGGAUUAAGAAUAAAUUCAAAGCCACAUGUGUUAUGAGAACAAGAUCAUGUACAGAGAGAUCUAUGAUGAAGGCUGGUAUUCAAUUAGCACCGAGAAAAUUUUUACCUAGAAUUGAAACAAAGAGACACGGCUUGAGAAGUGGUGUACUGCCAGAUAAAAGCAACAAAUCUUUAUUGAAGACAAAAAUCGUGUCGCCCAAACCAAAGAAGAAAGUUAAUCCAAAAUUGAAAAAUAAUGAUGUAUCGUAUACAGAUAUGUCUGAGGAGGAGCAUGAUGAAAAAGAUGAUGAGGAAGAAGAGUUACCUGUGGAAAAAUCGACUUCGCAGAUAAAACGCAACAUACAAAGAGGAAAUAUUCAGAAAAAGAUUUGUACUAGAAGCAAGUCGGAAAUGAGGAGAGUUACAAGAUCAUACAGUGGCAUAAUCUCCUCGCAAAAUCCCUCUAGAAGGCCUACCAGAAAAACUAAAGAAGCAGCUGCUCUGUACAUGGAAAUUCUUGGUAGGAAAUUAGUAAGCCCAGAUCUAGAGAAUGAAGAUAACGUUUCGGUCGAGAGUUUCCCCGAAUUGCCAAAUGCUCGUAGGAUAGCGCAAACGGAAAAUGAGCUUAAAGCCAAAGUAAAACAGACUAAUACGAAAACUGUUAGUAAAACUAAAGAUUCUAAAGUUAAUUCGUUCAACAGUAACAAUAAUAAGCGAUUGGAUAAGAGCAAAAAUAAUAAAUUAAUUCUAAAAAGCAAACGUCUAAUGAGAGUGCAGAGAUAUUGCGAGGAAGAUAGCGACGAAGAAUCUGAAAGCUCAGUAGAGACGAAUAAUACAAGACCUAUUACCAGACAGAGUCUUGGAAAACUUGACAAACCGAUCGGUAGGAGUCUCAGAUCGUCCUCCAAGAGUACAACUGUACAAUCAGAAGUACAAACUAACACAAAUAACAAACCGAAGAUUCAAGUUCAAAGUUGUAUGAAAUCUUCUAAGGAAAAAUUUGUGAUGAAACGUAAACGUGAUCAAAAUUUAUCUAAAACACCAUCAGAUAAAAUUAGUGGAUCAAAACAGAAAAAUCUGAAAAAUGAUCAAAACAAAAAUGCAGAAUCCGAAGAAGAAACAUUGGGAAUGUUGCUUAAUAAAAUGAAAAAGAAAAAAGAGAAUGAUGAUGAAGAAGAACGAAUUUUAGAUAAUGUUAAUAACGUGAAAAAUGGCGAGACAAUUGCCAACGAUGCGCAAAACACGCAUACGAAACCAGAUUUGCCAAAAGUAUCAGAUGAUGAGGAAUCGUUUCGCGGAUUUACCAAAAAGGCGAUAUCAAAAGUUUUGAAUUCGUGUCAUGCUAAUGUUAAUUUACUAAAAUCAGAAUCAAAUGACAAACUAAACUUACUCAAAACGUUAGAUGUUCCGGAUCAAACAGUAAAUCAGAACAAAACUUUGCAAGAAAAUAAUGAAGAAAAGACUUCAUUGAUCAAGACUGAGUCUUCAGCAAAUAUGUUAAACGACGAAUGUAAUAUAUCUAUACAAGAUCAAAAAUCGAUAUUGGAUCUAUCCCUCAAGACACAAAACUCCUUAUUACCAUCAAUUGAACAGGUACAGAGUAAAAAGUGUAAUCACGAGAACGAGGUUUCUCCUAAUCUCAUAGAUAUGCCAUUGUCGACUCUUCAUACAAGAAAAGAACGGGUGAAUAUGUCGACAGAGCAAAUAGAAAAGUGGCUGAACGAAAGCUCACUUGCCAAAGAAGAGAGCAAGCUAGAGAUGGAGAAUGUUGUUACCUUCAAAUACGAGCCUGUGGAAAAAUUGAAGGCAGAUUCCUCGCAUUUAUCUAUCUCGACAAAAAUCCAGCAUCUAGUACGUCCUGUUAAUGUAACGCUUUCGAAGUUAACGGAUAAAAUGAGCUUGAAGGACCGUACUACAAUCGUGCAGAGUAGAAAUAUAAUGCAAGUAGCAUCUAAUGUACAUAAUGUCGAAGCGAAGCAGCAGAAUAUUGUGAAUAAAAAUAAGACUAAUACCGAAUUUGUGAAAGAAAUUGUUAAAAUUAAAUGUGAAAAGACCAGCAAGGACACUAAUCUCGUUGAGGACACUAGCGAUACCGUGUCAAAGUCGGAUCAAAACUCAACGGACGGCUCUAUAGAGAAGAAAUCGCCGGCGGAAAAGAAAAUAUUUCAACCGCGAAAAUCCUUCAUACCGAAGGUUAAACGUAAAUUGGUCAUUCCGAACGCGAAUGCAUUUUCACCGGAGAAUGAGAGUAGCGUUUACGCGUUUGAAAGCGACACCGAGGUUCCCAUUAGCACGCCCUUCAGGAGGAAGACUAAGGACACCGCGAAAUUAACUGCUACAGGUACAGAGAGCAAAAUUGCUGAUAAAUCAAAUUUUGAAUAUCCCGAAACAUUAAUAGACAUCAAGGAGGAACCGAUCGAAAUGAUCGUGAAGAAAGAACAGGAGACGCAAGGCCCGAUAAACGCAGCGAGCACGACCCUGAAUAAGUUUGAGCUGCCUAAGAAUUUCGCUGGCUUGACCAAUGUCCAAGUGUUACCGCUCGAUAAGCUCACAACAAGUUGGAGCAAUGUAAAUUGCAGUGCUUCUAUAGCUGUCCAGGUAAACCUCGACGAGACUACGCAAGACCAGCAGAAUGAGGCGAAUCAGCAACGGAGUACCGAAAUAUCUACCCAGACCGAAACGAGCAACGAGAAUGAUGACGAUAACGAUGGACAGCUAUUUUACAUUCCAUUGCAAGCUGUUACGAGAAGCGGCCCGAACUUGGUACAAGGACAACAGCUGAUUCAAGGCGUUGCUGUUAAACUCGGCACGGAAGGACCGACCGGUCCUAAUCAAAGAGUACUACUUCGGGCUAAAUUGGUCACUAAGCCACCGUUGUCCGUAGCGCGUUGUCCACCGAUAGGAACGGUACAGCCGACAACGCGCACACCACCCAAUCCCACGGCUAUCACAGUGGAUCAACAGCAAGUUCCGUCGACCUCAACGACCACAACUGUUUCGACCGCGAUAGCAAGUACGCCGGAGACCCAGCCGAUUUCACCCGUGAAAAAUGACAUCUCGGUGCCAAUCUUAAAUCGUCCAAAUGUCAGUACAAGCGCCAAUAAUUUGGAAAAAGCAAAGUCUCCGAAAUUAUCUAGAGAAAGGAAAACUUCUAUAGAUUCGACAAAAAGUGGCAAGAGGACGCAAACGAAAUCCAAACAGAAAGUAUCUGAAUUGUAUUCUUCAAGUAAUAACACUACGUUCCCAAGUGCGAAAAACACAAAUAAUGAGGCUCGCGUAGUCGAGGCACCAACGUUUCAUCCAACGGAGAAAGAUUUCCAGGAUCCUUUGGAGUAUAUAGACAAAAUAAGACCGAUUGCCGAGAAGUUUGGAAUAUGUAGAGUCGUGCCUCCGCCGAAUUUUAAACCAGAAUGCAAAGUAUCUGAUGACAUGAGAUUCACUGCUUAUAAUCAAUAUGUGCAUCGCAUGCUCCAUAGAUGGGGUCCUAAUGUAAAAGAAAUGAUGGCUAUUAAGAAAUAUUUAGCCACUCAGAGUAUUACUUUGACUCAACCACCAUGGAUUGGUGGAAUGGAAGUUGAUUUACCUCACUUGUAUCAAACAGUUCAAAACUUGGGUGGAUUGAAAGAAGUUAUUGAAAAAAAGAAAUGGCAAAAGGUAGCAGAUGGCAUGAAGAUACCUAAAUCUGCACAAGAUCGCGUUACCAAAUUAGAUGAUAUUUACUGCAAAUAUUUAUUACCAUAUGAUACAUUAUCCCCAGAGGAACGCGAAAAAUUGUUUGACGAAGUUGAAGCUGAAUGGACGAGAAAGGAAAGCAAAACUUUGCAAAGGCAAGAAGCAUCAUCCAAUGAUAAUGAGGAGGAAGAAGAUGAUGACAGUUCCGAUGAGAUUGAGGAAUGUAUUGUGAAGGGAAGAAAUAUGCCAUUGAACGCCUUUUACCGAAUCGCCCGUAAUACACAACGUAUGUGGUUCGGCGAAAAUCAACGAGGAAACGAAGCCGAAGGCGCUUCAGCCGACGAGGUGGAGAGUGCGUUUUGGAAACAUGUUGCCGAAAGGAAACGUCACGUUUGCGUACACGCGGCGAGCAUCGAUUCAAGCGGUCGUGGAUUUGGUUUUUCCGUUGCCAAAAACAGCCCAUUCGCCAGACACCCUUGGAAUCUCAAAGUACUCACUAAUAAUGCCGGAUCGGUAUUGAGAGCCUUGGGCCCGUUAAUGGGUGUGACCGUGCCAACGCUGCACGUGGGUAUGCUGUUUAGUGCUUGUUGCUGGUAUCGCGAUCCGCAUGGUCUGCCAUGGAUAGAAUAUCUACACACAGGUGCUAAGAAAAUUUGGUACGGGAUACCUGACGAACAUAACAACAAUUUCCAAAAAGCGCUCUCGAAGAUGGUACCACGAUAUUGUAAAAAUAAGACUAUAUGGUUACCUUCCGACACUGCCAUGGUUCCACCGGAAUUAUUAGUCAGUAACAAUGUACCGUUAUGUAAGACUGUCCAAGAGCCGGGACAGUUUAUAAUUGUAUUUCCGAAAGCAUUCACGUCAAGCAUAUGCACCGGUUACGUUGUAUCCGAGAGUGUGUAUUUCGCACAACCAUCCUGGUUAGAAACAGCCGAACAAGUUUUCAAGGACAUACAAGACAGUUGCGAACCCUCUAUAUUUUCAUUCGAGAGAUUAUUAUUUAAUAUUAUUAAUGAUACCAGAUCUCAUAUAGAUAUAUUAAAACAGAUAUUACCAAGCGUGAUCAAGAUCCGUGAGAAGGAGUUAGAUUAUCGUAAACUAUUGGAAAAUGCGGGUCUUAACAAUAGAGAAAGAUUGCCUCUGCCAGAUAGUGGAAAAGGGAAAAAAGGGAAAAAAGUGAAAGAGGAUGAUGGUGAUUUCGAAUGUGAGACAUGUAGAGCCAAUUUGUUUGUCUCAUUGGUAAACAAUUCGCAAGAUGAUAGUGUCUAUUGUUUACCGCACGCAUUGCAAUUAAUCAAUCAUAAAAAGCAGAUUCUGAAACAUUGCACUUUAAUGUAUACCUACGACGAAGACGAAUUGGAUGGAUUAAUUAGCAAACUGGAACACAGGAUUGAAACCAAAUCUAAAAAACCUAAUCAAAUAAAACAAAAUAAAUAAAAGAAAAAUAAGUGUUAUUUAAUUUAUAAAGGAUGAAAGUUGAUUAUUAUUUAUUAAUUAAUAUUAUAAUUAUUAUUAGAAGAAGGGAACGUGAUCGCACUGUAUCACGCUCAUUAUAUAUAAUAGAUGAUUAGAAAAUUUCCUAAUAUUCAUACAAUGAAUGUAUAGUAAGAUGAACAUAUAGUAAAAGAUAAUGUAAACGAUCUUAUACAAAUAGGUGAAAAGUUUUCUAUGAUGUUAUGUGAUUUAAUCUAAUAUUCUUUCAAUGGCAAAAAUAAUCGAAUAAUUACAAUAUUGUAAUGUAUCUAUAUAGUA